AUGGCUACCAAAGGCACAGCAGUCGGAUCAGUCUCUUGGAUAGCUGCCGAAAAGGAGAAUGCUCUGCACUUACUGCAGAGUGAGAAAGAAGAAGUCAUAUACCCAGCCCAGCACCAGCUCGAAUGGCUCAACGAGCAUAUGGCCGAGAUAUUCAACAAGAGCUGUCUUGAUGUUGCCAAUGUCUUCAAAACACCAGGAAAACUUCGAGGGAAAACUCCUCGCACUGCGAGGAAGCGAAACGCCCAAGAUGCACGAAUACCUUUGAGCGACGUCUUCUCGUCGAAACCUUUAAAACGCCAGAGUCCUCAGAGAAAAGCAAAUCAAACGAAACUACGCUUCGAAGUCACGAUCGAAACCGAUCAAAUACAACAACCCUUCAAAUCACAGACUGAUUCCGGCUACCAUACUGCCAGUCAGGACGACGUGGAUAUCAGCACACAUCCUCGCCCCACCAAUGUCCCAGAGGCAGCACAGAAAGAAUCUUCCGACAAUACGCAAACGAUAUCAGACCAUAACAUGAAUGAUGCAAUGGACGAGGGCCACCGCACUACCGAGGGAUCGUUCCAUUCAGCAAAAGAAGACCAAACAACAAAGAUAGCGGGUCCGGAGGUUGGGAUGACGGGGACCAGGCCACAGGUUGAAUCCCCGCAGACUAAACAGAGUGAUAUUUUUGACGCAGCAAACGAGCACCAAGUCGAUGUACACCCCGAGUUGGACGAUAUUGGCUCUCCUUCCGAUGAAUCAAGUCCUGACAGACCUUUGGUGAGGAAGAGCAGCCUGACAUUUGCUUCCUUGCCCGCACGGGAGCCAUUGAAAUCGAGUCUUGGCGCCAGAAUCUCACGAACAAGUCAUAUCGACCAAGUACAUCGAUCUCACUCAAGUGCAUAUGGGCUCCGGCCAACUGUUUCUUCCAGUCAAACCGCACAGCAUCCUGUCCGUGACGACGACGUGGAUGUUGCGAUGAGUAAUGCAGAUGAUGAUGAGAAUGAUGAGAAUGUGCAAAUUCUGGGGCAUUAUAAUUCUGAGAGCGAGAAUCAAGUCACCAAAGAUCACUCUAAAUUUUCGACGCAGAGGCUGCAUGAGAAAAUUGACAUGCUUGGAAAAUUCCCUCCUCCACGACUCUCCAAGUCGAUUCCUUCAGCUAUUGUGCUGCCCGACCUAAGGCAACAGGACAAACAGCGUCACGAACCCCGAUCUGGGAACCAGAUACAGAUCGUGACUGAUGACGACGAUGACUGGAUCAAACCACUGGCCACUCCAGAUGCUGCCGGAUCAUCUCCUCUGAAGACUGCAAAUGCCACUCAAUCAGAUAGCGAGGAGGAAUAUGACCUUCGGGCUCCCGAAUUAAUCGCACACGACGAGCGGAUGAGAACUCCCGUAUGCAUGUCACCGGGUCCUGGUAAAAUGAUGCCCGGUUAUGGGCACACUAAGUCUGCUUCGACUGCCACUCUGGCUUCUCCUGCAAAGGCAUCCAUGGCACCGCCGGCAAGCCCUGCGAAAUCCAUAUCAGUGUCCAAUCCGGCUCAAACAAUAACAAGCCCACAAGGCUCCCCGAGGCGAUACCUCGAUCUUAGCGCUUCCAAGUCCAAGUUGCAAUCUAUCAUGAAGACCGCUAAGGGUCUAUUUACUAGCAGCGCAAGUGUGUCGGCCGCGGCUAAGUUGGAAACCUUGUCCCCCCAUGCUCUUAAGGUCGCUUCAAAUGCAAUGCCUGGAAUGUAUCCGAAUCUCAACGCACUGAUCGAAGACAAGCCUUUACCUGCAAACCCCCCAAAAGAGCCAAGGAAGACCCGCAGUUCCACAGAAAGAGAAAAAGAAGAGAAACGAAAGGAAAAAGAGGCUCAGCUGAAGCAACGAAUGGAUGAUCAGCUGGAGAAGGCGCGAGAGGAAGAGAGGAAGAAAGUUGCAGAGCAAAAGCUCGCACGCGGACAGAUGGCUAAAAAGGACUUCGAGCAGCCCCCACCUUUAAGCCCGAAGCAUCAAGCUGAUGAAGAAACGACCGAACUGGCAGCAAGACCAACUCGACCAAUAAGAUUGGGAAGAGAGCAUCCGGUCAACAAGGCUAAGCCUGCACCAGUAUCAAUACGUGUCGGAACGCUCUCUCAAAGAGUGCCGGUCAAUCCUUCGCAAGCUGCGUCGAAUGCCCAGGAAACUCUGGCUGCGGAGCCCAAACGCCCAGGCCUAAAUAAAAAAGCUAGCAAUGCCUCCUUGCAGUCAACGACAUCGGCAACCGUGAAGUCUUCAGUCCAUCCGCCUCCAAAGCCAAGAGCUUUGCUUGCAGCGGAACGCAAGAAAGAGCAGGAUGAACGAGAGGCCCAGAGAAAGCUGGAACAGAAACGAGAAUUAGAACGUAAGCGAGCAGCUCAGCAGGAAGAGGCACGGAGACAGGAACAGAGGCAGCGUGCAGAAGCCGAGAAACGUGAACGAGAGCGAGUGGCGGCAGAACAAGCGAAGCGACAAGCUCAGCAGCAAGCUAUUGAACGCAAACGUCAAGAGACAGCUCGAAAAGCAGAGCAGCAACGGUUGGAUCGUGUGGCCAAUGAAGCAGCCCAGGCUGCCCAGGUUCGACCUCCCUCGCGUCUUGGUGGUCAAACUACAGGCCGUUCAGUACUCAAUCAUCCCUUACCUACCAAUCCCGCAAAGCCUGCGAAGCGACCACUGGAGGAAGAACAGGGCAUUAUUCGUCCUCAGAACUCAAAAUAUGGAAUUCUUACGUCUCAAGGCGACACCAAGAGACGGAAGACUGAGGAAGAAAGCGUGAUUGAGCCCGUUCCACGCCCAGUUGUCUCCGGUGCCCCAAUCCGGCAGUCACAACUUGGGAAGAAGCCAUCGAUCUUUAGCCACGGCACAUACACGCAAGCGCAAUCCUCGACGCAUGUGAGCCAAUUCCCCCAACCUCCUAGCCGAACUGCCCCCCCACAGAUGCAACAAUAUGCUACUGGCGGAAAGAUUCCCUUCGCGGAUGCCCCCAACCCGCCAGCGCACACGAAGACCCCCGUGUCGCUCAUGCAGCAGAAGACGAUACAGACAGUCAAGUCUUCGCCACAGUAUCCGAAUGGAGAGGCCAUUCAUCUCCCGGAGAUCCCAACCGAUUCGGAGGAUGAAGAUUCAGACGAUGAGGGUAAUGCAUUCCCAAUCCCUGACUGGGCCACACCGGGCCAUCUCACGGAACAACUCAUCCGGCAGGAGGGGAUGGAUGGGGAUGCAGUUUUUGGACCUAUUGCACCAUUGAAAAUAGAAGAGAUAUUCUCUAAGGGCAACAAAGAUAGACUGAAGCGUCUCAGAGACCGGACGAGCAGCGCGAAUUGGGCACUUAGCGGCGAUGGGCUGACGCUUGAAGAGGUGAGGGCGGAUCGAGAGCAACGAGAGAGGAUGAGGCUAGAGGGUGGCUGGAGGUAUGGCAAUUAA